GAGAAGUCGACUCCGGUCCGGCUCGGGCCGUUUGAACUUGGCGGGCCUGAUGCGGGCGGCGGGGCCAUGGCGGGCUGUCUCUCCCGUCCCGCGCACACGCUUCCUGGCCCGGUGCAGGCCGGGCUCCCGGCCCUCUUCGAGCUCUGUCGCCGACCUCAUAGCGGACUCCCAGGACCCGGGACUGGAGGACGUGGCGUUGACCGUGUGCUUGUCGCCGCCUCUGAGCUGCAGCAACUCCACCCUGUCCUUGUUGUCUCCCCUUGGCCACCAGAGCUUUCCUUUUGGCGAGGACGACAGUGAAGGGGAGGAUGAAGAGGCAGUGGACGAAGAUGCCCGUGAGUCAGAGGCCAAGGUGGCGAGCCUGGAAGGAACAACGGAGUUACAGGGGCACUCCAGCUGUGAAGCUGGGUCCCAGGAUACACAAGAGCAGAAGCAGAUGCAGUUACGGGAAAGCAGCCUGACACCGUGGGAGAUGUGGUUUGUUGGCAAAGAAAAAGAAGAGCGUGGCCGACUACAACAGAAAGUCCUGGAGGAAUUAAAUCAACAAAUAGAAAAAAGAAAAGAAAUGGAAGAACGUGAAAAAAGAAAGAUAAUCGCUGAAGAAAAGCACAAGGAAUGGGUUCAGAAGAAAAAUGAACAGGAAAGGAAAGAAAGGGAACAAAAAAUUAGUAAAGAAAUGGAAGAAAAAGCAGCAAAGAAACUGGAGAAAGAACAUUUGCAAGAAAAAGCAAAAGCAAAAUACCAAGAAUGGUUGAAGAAAAAGAAUGCUGAAGAAUGUGAGAAAAAGAAAAAAGAGAAGGAAAAAGAAAAGCAACGGCAAGCAGAAUUACAAGAGAAAAAGGAAAUUGCAGAAAAGAAGUUUAAGGAAUGGUUGAAAAAUGCAAAAAAUAAACCUCGUCCAGCUGCAAAAAGCUAUGGUUAUGCCAGUGGGAAGCUUACAGGUUUUUACAGUGGAAAUUCCUACCCAGAACCAACUUUUUAUAACCCAAUUCCAUGGAAACCGAUUCAUAUGCCCCCUCCAAAAGAAGCUAAGAGUGGAACGGGAAAGAAGAGUAAACGACCUGUGACGAGCCAGCCACUCCCAUCAUCGUCUCUAGUGGUUCACAAAGCCAAGAGCAACCUUUGCCUUGGAACUCUGUGCCAGAUACAGAGAUAGAGCCCAGGGAAAUAGCAUACCUUUCUACCUGGAGCUUCUUAGGAAGCUCAGAACAGUUUUGCUUAGCACUUCUCAAUUAGUAAGUCAACAUUUGAUGUGAUAAUUGACAGGUACCAAAUUUUUAAUUUGUAUGUGGGAUCCUUAGCGCUAAAGAUAGUUUUUACUUUUUGGUUUUUAUAAGUCGUUAUGGUUGAUCUAAUGAUUGUAUUUUACUUUUUAUUAAAACUAACUGUAAUAUCAAUAAACCAACAGUUUUUCUUGUG